AUGGGUAAACGCGACUAUGCAGCUGCGAUUGCAGCUUUGAACACGCUGCAAUCCAACUUCGCGAUUGUCGAUGCAAUUCGCAAGUCUGGACUCGGCAUGAACAAGGCGUCUAUACCAGAGAUGGUUGAGUGGUGUAGCAAGAUUGGAUACAAGCCCUCGGAUUUCGACAAGCUGAAGCUUGUACACAUCGCUGGGACUAAAGGCAAAGGCUCUACAAGUGCCUUUGUGUCCUCCAUUCUAUCGCAGUACACUUCUACCGGUGACGCACAGUCACAACCCUCGAAGAUCGGCCUCUACACCUCCCCACAUCUGCGGUUCGUUCGCGAGCGCAUACAGAUCGACAAUGAACCGAUAUCCGAGGAGAAGUUUGCGAAAUACUUUUUCGACGUUUGGGACAGAUUGGAAGCUGCGGCAAAGGCAGAGAAUGUUCCUGCUGAUGUACCAACGAAGCCUGUCUACUUCAGGUACUUGACGCUCAUGGCACUACAUGCGUACCUUCUCGAAGGCGUUGAUUCUGCGAUCAUAGAGUGCGGCAUCGGCGGCGAGUACGACAGCACCAACAUCUUGACGAAGCCAACGGUCACUGCGGUGACAAGCUUGGGCAUUGAUCACACCGCUAUGCUCGGAUCUACACUUCCUGAGAUAGCGUGGCAUAAGGCAGGAAUAUUCAAACAAGGAAGUAUUGCGUUUACAGCGCCUCAGAAGCAGGAGGCAAUCGCUGUCCUGCAGGAACGAGCUGCAGAGAGGGGCACCGGACUUCACGUCGUCACCCUCCAUCCGUCAUUGGCCGACGGCAGUAUCAAGCUUGGACUAUCAGCGGAAUUCCAGAAGGUCAAUGCUUCUGUAGCUAUCGCAGUGGCUGCAGCACAUUUACGUACUUUAGGUCACACGUCAGUCCCGGAUCCUACUAAAACAGCGUACAUCGAUCUCCCUCCGCAAUUUAUCAAGGGGCUUGAACAGGUUCGCUGCUCUGGGCGUUGUGAGAUAAGACGGGAAAAGAGCAUAGCUUGGCAUAUUGAUGGCGCUCACACACUGGAGAGCAUCGAAGUUACAGGGAGUUGGUUUGCAGACCAGAUUGCCUCUGCAAGUGCAGCUGCUGCACCGCAAUCAAAGGUCCCUAGAGUUUUGAUCUUCAACCAGCAAACCCGAGAUGCGAGCGCUCUUGCCAAAGCACUCUACACAGCCUUGCAGAGUGGCAUAACGUCUGGCUCGACAUCACCUUUCACACAUGUCUUCUUCACGACAAAUCAGACCUUCAAUGAGGGCUACAGGCCUGACCUCGUGUCUAUCAACACAGACAAGCAUAAAGUAGAUGCUUUGGCCGUGCAGAAAGCGUUGGCAAAUACUUGGUCAGAGAUUGACAGCACAGCAGAAGUGCGUGUACUGAAGACGAUUGAAGAAGCUGUCAGCGCUGCGAGAACGGUAGCACGCAAUUGGGCAAGAGACACAGAUGCAGAGGUGAUGGUUUUGGUGACGGGCAGUCUCCACCUGGUUGGUGGUGCUCUUGAGGUCCUGGAGUCCGGGAAGACGAAUUGA